AUGGGCCUCCUACAAGCUCUGAUUGCCCGCGUGCCCCUCAUUGCAUCAGACAAAAAGGGUCCAGUGGUCAAUCUCGUCUCGUGGGUGUGUUUAACAACGAUGUGUCUGGCGGUGACUACGGUUCUUGUCAGCAAACUUCUGGUCUUGCGAAGACUCACUUGGAAUGACUCUGUUGUCAUUGCCGCUCUGUUGCUCUCGAUUGGAUUUACUAUCGCGGUCAAUAAUCAAGUUAGCCAUGGUCUUGGAUCGGAACUGUCGACCGCCAGGAACGACGAUUACGACAACUUCCAAAAAGCAGGAUAUGUGUGGAACAUUCUUUACGUGCUCGGUAUUUGCUUGGCCAAGCUAUCGACGCUGUCUCUGCUUCUCGCCCUUGCUCCGAACAAAAGCUACCGUGCCCCUAUGUUGGUCAUUGGGGGAGUCCUUGUCGCCUGGGCUAUCUCUUCUAUAUUCAGCAGCGCAUUUCAAUGCUCGCUUCCCCACCCCUAUCUGAUCACCACGGGGACCUGCUUUCAGCAGACGCGAUUCUGGACUUCGUUUGGAGUAAUCAACAUCAUCACAGACGCUGCACUUAUGAUGCUACCUGUGUACCUAGUAUACAACCUUCAGCUGUCUGUGAACAAGAAAACUGCUGUCUGUUUCGCGUUCUCUUUCCGUCUGUUGGGAGUGGGGUGCACGGUCUGGCGCUUGACACAGCUUGAAAAAUUCUUCAACCGGGAUGGAGACAUCACGUUUGACAGCUGGCUGCCGACGAUUGCGACAAUUCUCGAACUGUUCUUUGCCGUCUUCUCGUCCUGUGUACCGCAUUUGAGGCCGUUCAUGGAAUCAAUUCAGGCAGGCUAUCUGUCCGGAGUCAUGACAGAAGGUGAUGCACGGUUUGGUUACGGAAACGACAGCUACUUGAUGGGCCAGACGGGCCAGAGCAAAGUCAAUUCUCAAGUGCGAAGCCAGCACAUGCAAAGCGAGAUCCGAGGUGAAAGUCUAGAUUUGCCCAGCCAUGGAACAAACAACGUGGCAGCAGGCGGCAGAGACGAUAUUGGACGAGCACUGACGAGCAAUCGAAUCAUACACAGUGUCAGAGGUGGGCCUGCCGCUAUGAAGGAUAGCUCGAGAACGGGGAGAAACAGGAGUGAUAGCCUUGGUUCUGAUGGUGCUUUAAGUCAUGGCAGUGAUGGAAGUAAAGCCAUGAUCAUCAAGACAACAAAGGAGUGGAGUAUCAGCUACCAAGACGCCUAG